UUUAAUUAGUCUGUAGACUCCUAUCCACAAUAACAAUUUUAUUCCUUAGGACUUACAAAUUACUCAGCUUCCUUCAUGAGUUUCCCCAAAUCCCUUCCCAAAUUGCAUUAUCUGUUUCACACAUACAUGGGGGGGGGGGGAGUCUUAAUUGUCAAAAUCUGUUUGCUAGGCUUUAUUUUAAUUUAAUUCAGUUUAAAAACCAUUUUCAUUUGAUUUAUUCUUCUAUCCACAGGGGAUUUAAAAGUGUACUCUGAAGUUUUCAAAGACCAGAAAUUAAUUUAGAAUAUAGGUUUCUCUUUCAUGGUUUCUGUCCUAUUGAUUUCCAUUAAUGUUUAUACAAAGAACAUGUUUUUUAUUAUUAUUUUUUUUAACAAGGAACCUGUGGGAGUCAGGUGGUAGUGCAGUGGGUUAAGUGCACGUGGCACAAAGCACAAGGACCGGCAAAAGGAUCUUGGUUUGAGCCCCCAGAUCCCCAUCUGCAGGGGAGUCGCUUCAUAAGCGGUGAAGCAGGUCUGUAAGUGUCUUUCUCUUCCCCUCCUCUCUCUAUUUCUCUCUGUCCUAUCCAACAAUGAAGACAUCAACAACAAUAAUAACUACAACAAUAAAAACAACAAGGGCAACAAAAGGGAAUAAAUAAAUACAUAAAAAAGGAACCUGCAUAUUUAUUUUUGAGGCUAGUUGGCUUCCAGGGCAGAUCUUUAUCUAUGGAAUAGUCCUGGCAUUCAGGUCUUUCACUAAACCUGGAAAAAGGGCAAAUUUCCAGUGCUGACAUGUCUAUUUUUCAUAAUCAAUGCCAACUCCGCUAGGCUCUUUUCCACUUUCCAAACAUGUUUGGUUUUGCUCUUGUUGGUGUCUAUGAAAGAUGCUCUCUCCCUCAAUCAUUAUUGGAAACCAUCUUUCAAAAACACAUUUUGCAUAUUUCCUAUUCCAUGUAAUCUUUUUUUCUUUUUCUUAAUCUUUCAGUGUGCUCUGGUCUACUUAAAACCUGUAACACUUUCAUUGAGGUGGUUUGUUUUAAAUGCUCUCUUUCGAACUUUUUAAAAAUAUGUAUUUAUUUGGAUAGAGACAAGGAGAAAUUGAGGAAGGGAAGAAAGAGGAGAGCGAAAGAGACCUACUGCUUUACUGUUUAUAGAAAUUUUCCCUCUGGGGGCUUGGAUCCAGAUUCUUGAACAUAGUAACAUAUAUGCUCUACUGGGUGUCCCACCACAUGGCUACUUCUUUUUUAGUGUUUAGAUUAUUAAGGUAAUUAAAACAAUUUCUUUAUUGGGGAAUUAAUGUUUUACAUUUGACAGUAAAUACAAUAGUUUGUAUAAGCAUAACAUUUACCAGUUUUCCAUAUAACAAUAUAACCCCCACUAGGUCCUCUGUCAUCCUUUUUGGACCUAUAUUCUCCCCCUCACGCACCCCAGAGUCUUUUACUUUGGUGCAAUACACCAACUCCAAAAAGUCAUUUAUUUUUUAUGGUUCUUAUUAACAUAUAACUCUUUUCCUCCAGGCAGGCCAAGUAGUGUCUUAUACCUGGCACUCCAUUAAUAUAUGCUAAAACACUCAGAUGGGGUAAUUUAUCCUUUUUUCUCCAUAUGGUGGACUGAUACAUAGUUUAGACUUGGCCACCAUGAGCUAGUGCCAGGUCAAAAAAGAAUAUAGGAGCAAGAGAGACUCUGAGGAGUGAAGAAGCUCCAAUUCUUGAUGAUCUCACAGACCUCAUUGUUGGAGAGGAAAGAGUUCAUAGCUACAGAACAUGGGCAAGUCUGAAGUCCUCCUCUCCUCUGCUUUCUGGGACCCUGCAGUGUUAGGAAGCUUCCUCUGUGUGUGAAGGCUUCUUUCAUGAGUUCAUUAACUCUUUACAGGAGGCAAGUAAAUCACUGACUAAUGGAGGGAUUGUAUAAAGAUUGACAUAAAUAUUAAUGAGGAAAAUAUUAGUUUUCUUGCACCAACACCCAUGGCAGGCCUAUAUAAAGUCUAGAGGAGAAGGAAGAAGGCCUCUGUCUUCAGCAAAUUCAUCUGUGGGCAAAGAAGGAGUCUGGUCUUUUAGUACCAUGAUGUCUAACAGCUGCAGUUCUCUCCUCUGUGGGCAUGUUUCAGAGUCCAAGGCUGUCCCCCUGUGCCUGUCGGCUACCCUGGCACAUGCCAACCGAAUCCGUGUGCCCCCCACCCCUCUGGGCAGAUCCAGCCUCUGUCUGCCCAACAGCUGCCAUAGUGCUUGCCCCUUGCCAGGGACUUGUGACAUCCCAGGCAACAUUGGGAGCUGUGGGGCCUAUGGAGAAGGCACCCUAAAUGGCCAUGAGAAGGAGAACAUGCAGUUUCUGAAUGACCGUCUGGCCAACUACUUGGAGAAGGUGCGUCAGCUGGAGCGGGAGAAUGCGGAGCUGGAGACCAAGAUCCUUGAGUGGAGCAAAUGCCAGGAGCCUAGCCUGUGCCCGGACUACCAGAGUUACUUCCGCAUCAUUGAGGAGCUCCAGCAGAAGAUCUUGUGCAUCAAAUCUGAGAACAACAGGCUGGUCGUGCAAACAGAUAAUGCCAAACUGGCUGCAGAUGACUUCAGGGGCAAGUAUCAGACAGAGCAUUCAUUGCACCAGAUAGUGGAGGCUGAUGUCUGCGGCCUGCGCUGGGCACUGGAUGACCUCACACUGGCCAAGUGUGACCUGGAAGCCCAGUUAGAGUCCUCGAAGGAGGAGCUGCUCUGUCUCAAGAAGAACCAUGAGCAGGAAGUCCAUACUCUGAGAUGUCAACUGGGGGACAAGCUGCGGAUUGAGCUGGACACUGAGCCCACUCUGGACCUGAACAGGGUGCUGGCGAACAUGCGGUGCCAGUAUGAGGCCGUGGUGGAGACCAACCGCCAUGAUGUGGAGCAGUGGUUCCAGGCUCAGUCUGAAGGCAUCAGCCUGCAGGCCAUGUCCUGCUCUGAGGAGCUGCAGUGCUGCCAGUCAGAGAUCUUGGAGCUGAGACGCACAGUGAACGCCCUGGAGGUGGAGCUUGAAGCUCAGCACACACUGAAAGACUGCCUGCAGAACUCCUUGUGCGAGGCUGAGGAACGCUUUGGCACUGAGCUGGCCCAGAUGCAGAGCCUGAUCAGCACUGUAGAGGAGCAGCUGUCUGAGAUCCGGGCUGACCUGGAGCGGCAGAACCAGGAGUACCAGGUGCUGCUGGACGUGAAGGCCCGUCUGGAGUGUGAGAUUGCCACGUACCGGAACCUUCUGGAGAGCGAGGAUUGCAAGUUGCCCUGCAACCCAUGUGCUACCCCAGCAUCCAUCACCCCUUGCCCAGCCCCUGUAGUCUGUAUGCCCUGUGCCCCCUGCAUUUCUGGGCCUGCUCGAGCCUCAUGUGCAUCCUGCCCAACAUCUCGAUGUUGAUGAGAAAUGUUUGUUGCCCCUCGACUUCCCUCUCUAGGUUAUACUUUCUCAGCCAGCUUAGCAGAGGCUUAAGCCUGGCAACCCUUCUCUGUUGGUGGACUUCCCAGCCUCUUCACACAGACUGGGUUUCUGGAUUUGUGCUUUCUCUCUUUAGGAUAUCUUGAAUGCCAUUUUUUUCCUCUUCCCUUGCCUCCUGGUUUCUCUGAGAUGUGCCAGCAAACUUGUUUUUAUUUUGCUAAUAAACCUCACUUGCAUAGCAUAGGAGUCCAAUGCUUGUUGGCCUCAGUUUCUCCUUCCCAAGUUGAGAAUGUUGCUGGGAGUUCCUUGAACCGGCUGUUCUUAUAGAAGCAAGACUUGUGGCUUACUCCCCAGAAGGUUCUGGGAGAUGGAAGAUUCAGCAAGGACUGUGGUUAAAAUGGAACUUCAGCAAACUCACAGAUAAGAGACACCAGCUGGAGAACCAGAUUCUCAGAGCUUUCAAAAUACAGACAUGAAAUAUACUCACUGUCCCUUAUCUGCAUGGUGCUGUCUGGUCCUCAUGCAAAGGAACAGCUCAGGUCAGAGGUUCUUCCUGAUCCUAUAGAACACUUACAGCUAAGUAUAGAUAGUAAGAGCCAGACACCAUGCUGGGUCUCUGUGACAUGCUAAUACACUGACCCAUAAAAACCCUACAAAGAAGGAACAGCUAUUGCUAUUUUCAGCAGGUGACUGACUGUAGACUCCCAGUUUCUUUGAACUCAAUUCAAAGCCCCGCCUUCACAAACUUUGAAGGGGAAAACAAUUAAACAUGAGGAAAUGCUGGGUGGAGGUUCUAAAAGUGUGGUCUUUCAACCAGCUUAUUGGCACCACCUAGGAACUUGUUGGCAAUGUCUAUUCUUGGGUCCCACCCCAGACUUCCUGAAUGAGAAGUUUGGUUUAUAUGGUUACCCAUAGGAUUCUAUGCAUAUUCAUGGUAGAGAACCACGGGUUUGAAGUUGUUAUUUGAGGAGUGAGUCCCUGCUUGGUUGGAUUCUUGGCAAGGGGGACUAGAUUUAUUCUUUUGAUAGAUCCCAAUGGGCAAGAAAUCCCUCAUUCCAUUGGGAUAGUGUUCUUUCUCUGUACAUUAUGGAGCUCUGAUGGUGAUUAUUGAACCUGCUAGACUCUCAGUGUAGGAGAGUAAUCAAACUGAUCCACUCAAUUUCCCCUCCACAGUCCUUCUGGCAGCUGCUUGGUAUGGAACUUGCAGGCACAAGAACCAGAAAUGACAAAUUUAGUUGAAGAUAACCUAUCUAUAGACAGUAGUCAGAGCUGGUCAGUGAUGAGAAACAGUGAGCUCCCCAUCACUGGAGGCGUUCAAGUAGGGCCUUGACAGCCAUCUGAUGGCAGUGUUGAGAAGUUUACUCAGGUACCUGAUGGCACUGGAUAAAAUGGUUGUAGAGAAUCUCCUAGUUCCUGCGUCUGUGACUCACUACUUUAUAGGUUUUGUUCAUCAGUGAAACCACAAGUAUUAAAGUAGAGGAGCCCACAAGCCCACUCUAGCUACUGGUUCUUGUCUUUACUCUCUGCUUCGUAAACUCUCUGAAUCAGUCACUUGCUGAGGAGUUUACAAAGUCCAGCUGAUGGUUGUUAACUCUGGCCUGUCCUGAUGCAGGAGUGGUCAUAUUUACAAGUCUCAAGAGUGAAGAUAACUUAAGGCAGGACCUGGAUAUUGGGUUUUGGGUUGCUCUCAAGCCCUGCAUCCUAUCUGCUGGUCACUCUAUGUAGACAGAACUGAUCCCCUUGGGAGGCCUCAUAAUUUUCAUUUUAGGGAGCUUAGGAAAGGUCAGAGACCUUCAUACCUUCC